AUGGCUCGUCGGGAUUUGGAGAAAGAAAUUAUAGGUCCUAGAAGCCAGUUGUAUGAGGAAUUAUUUGGUAAACGCCUUUCACAAGUGAGAUCAUCGUUGGUGAUAGAAACUUUAGGACAACAGCCACCAAAUAAAUGGAUGACGUUACCUGAUAUGGGCUAUAUAAUAGCUAAUCGGUAUAACGUUGUUCUCGUCUCAUUAUGUUACCCUAGUUUGAGUUACUUUCCUAUGACGAGUGCACAUUCACCUAAUGUAUCUAUUUACUGCAUUGGAUUUGUAAAUGGAAACCAUUGGGUUCAGGUAAACAUGAAUGAAGGAUUUCCGUUGCCACCUGUCACAACUGAUUGGAAGAAAUAUCGCACAAAAGAUGCGACUUCUUGGAUGGUAGGAUUUCCCGGGCGGCUACAACAUUGGCAACAUCUUACGCCUAUACUGCCAAAAUAUGUUCGAUUAUGA